UUGUGAUGGUACAUUCAAUGGCGACACAUGGGAUUAUAGCAUGGGAUGGUGUUAUCACACCGGAGCUCAACUCUUUUUGGGCGAUUUUAACGGUGAUGGUCGUACUGAUUUGCUGUGCCACGAUACCACUGGCUACAAGUGGGUGGCGUUGGCUAGUACUAGUGGUACCUUCUCGAGUACAUCUUGGGAAGCUGGUUUGGGAUGGUGUUGGCACAGUGGUGCUCAAUUGUUCAUCGAUGAUUUCAACGCAGAUAAUCGGAGUGACAUGUUGUGCCAUGAUGGUUCCGGGUACAAGUGGAUUUCCUAUGCCAAUCAGGAUGGAAGUUUUCCGGGGACAAGUUGGGAACGAGCGAUGGGUUGGUGUAUCCAUAGUGGUUCCCAGCUAUUCACCGGUGAUUUCAACGGAGACAGAAGGGCUGAUUUGCUCUGCCAUGACUCAACCGGAUACAAAUGGGUGGCGUUAGCAUCCUCGAGUGGCACAUUUACUAGCACGUCGUGGGAGAGUGCUCUUGGUUGGUGCUACCAUAAUACCGCAAAACUUUAUAUCGCCGACUUUAACAAAGAUAAACGCGCCGACAUGCUCUGCAGUGAUGGUAAUGGUUAUAAAUGGGUAGCAUUUUCUACACCUGCCGGUGCAUUUACAGGCACAAGCUGGGAGAAGAAUAUGGGCUGGUGUACAACCGGUUCUCAGCUGUUGGUCGCUGAUGUGAAUGGUGAUGGUGGUUAUGAUUUGUUGUGUCACAGGCCGUCCGAUGGAUACAAGUGGGUUGCCUUAAAUGCAUAUCAAUAAGAUUGGAACAUUUUUUAGUUACGGAUUUUUGUUGUUUCUAAAAUUGUUAUUGAUAUCUAGUGUAUUUUUGUCUUUACUUAGUUUUGGAAAGCACUGUUACAUUGCACCAGCCAGGCCCCUAUCCGGG